AUGGAUCGGAUCAAACGUCCACUUCCGACACAAUUUCCUUUUUUUUGUGCUUUUAGCUUUUUGCUAAUAGGUGGUGGGAAGGUCGUUUUAUGUAUUGAUUACCUCGCACAAAACACAUUUUGGGAAUUACCAGCAACAGCUUUUAUGAUGUAUAAUUGGGUAUGGCUUUUGGGUACAAUGAUAUAUCUCAACAUGACCGACCCAGGAUAUAUGCCCAAGUUCAGUCCUUUCUUAUGUCAAGUCAAUGACACAUACAAUGUACAGUACAAGUCUUCUACACUUCAGCGCACCACAUGUAGGACGUGUAAUUUGGUUCGACCACUGCGAGCGAGUCACUGUAAAAUGUGUAAUAGAUGUGUUAAUGAAUUUGACCAUCACUGCGGGUGGAUUGGAAAUUGUGUUGGUCAGCGAACAAAGGCAAGAUUUUUUAUGUUUGUGACUCUGGUCUUUUUUAACAGCAUCUUCGGGUGGUUAAUCACGUUGUGGUAUUUAAUCAAAGUUGAUAUGUCGUUUAAAGACAAUAUCUUUGUUAUCGUCCUUUUCUUGAUAUUGUGUGUCACCAAUUUGUUACUCUUUGGACUCUUCAUAUCACACGUGUAUUUAUUGGCUUCUGGAAAGACGACGUAUGAGAACAUCAAAUGGUCCAAAAUCGCAAGAGAGAAAUUGGAAAGUUUUCUGAGCCAAAAUGGGAUUGAACGGGAGUGCAAUUGUCAAUGUAAAAAGUGUAAAGAGAGGAGGGAAAAAGAAGAGAAAACAAAGAAGGAAAAUAAGAAAGAUAAUGAACAGAUCAUCGACCCCUUUUCUGACGACCAAAUUAAAGCAAAGGAAAGUCAGUGGAAACGAGAAAAGGAUUUAAGAAAACAGUACGCUUUAACACAUAUGAAACAAACGUCUCCAUUUAAUAAAGGACUUAAAAACAUAUUUGUCACACUUUUUAAACAAACACCACCCUCUUUUUUGUACUAA